AUGGCUUCUCUUGACUAUGUCGAAAUACCGUCUUACGCUACCCGCUUACCCUCUCCACCCCCCUCCUCGAAGUCAAGGUCCCCGAGCCCUCGACCUCAACCGAAAGUCACGACAGCUCUCCCACAUCCAACGACACCUUCACAAACAUCUCCAGCAACUAAUUCCGUCAACAUCCCUCCCAAACAGCUAACGUCGUCUUCUAGCGCAACGGAUUCCCCUACGCGGUCCACCUUUGGGAACUUACCGGGAAUGUUGCUUGCAUCCACCCUUCAAAUCCCAUCCCACACGCCCGCAGGAUCAAGUAAUCCGAGGAAUGUCACGAAUCUAUUGUCGACGAGAGAUCCGCUGUCUGUACCAAUCACCACCGUGAACUUCCGGAAGUUCGUCGGGAAGGUGGGGCCAGUUUUUUGGAUACAGGAUCGUGUGGAAGAGAUAUUGAUGUGGCGGAAAGGGUGGAAAGUUACGGGGAUGUGGAUGGCUGCUUACGCAUUUCUCUGCUAUUUUCCACGGCUAGUUCUCCUUCUACCCCACGUAAUUAUCUUGGGCAUUCUCCUCGCCACACAUCCAUCGAGGCGAACUCAGGACCCGCAAGCCUCCCUAUCGCCGUACGUCGUGCUCCCACCACCUCGUGCCAACGCUCGCGAAGGUAGCGCCGAAUGGCUUGCUAAUAUCCAAGCCAUCCAAAAUCUCAUGGGCGCUUUUGCGGACGGUUAUGACGCAGCGUGGCCCGUUGUCCUUCAUCUCAGUUACUCCACUUCAUACACGCCGCAUAUCCUCACUUUCACGAUCAUGACAUUCCUGCUCGCUCUCCCACUCCUCCCGCUCGUACCCCUCCGGCCCCUAUUCCUCGUCCUUGGACUCACACCUUUCGUCCUGACCCAUCCCUAUACACGUCACACACUUCCCCUCUUUAUCGCACCCUUUGGGAGCCUGCUUCGCCGUCUCCGCACUCAACUAGGCAGACUCGUUGACGACGACCGAUUAGACGACGACAAAUGGCACGCCGAGCUCCGCGAAGUAGAGUUAUUUGAGAACGAGAGAUGGAUCGCAGGAACGGGCGCUGAGGCUACACGCGGCGGAACAUGGAGCGGUGCGAACUUGAAAGCAGGAGAGAGGGUGGCGUGGACGAGGGGAAGGGAUGGAUGGAGCGGGAUUUCUGUGGAUGGGGGUGGUGAUGUCAGCAGUAACCUCACGUUUAAGCUCGAUCUGGGAUGGUCGUUCGUGGAGACGGAAGACUGGCGCGCUGAUGUGGAAGCAAACUGGAGCCCUGUGGGAGCUGACGAUGAUGGAUGGGUGUACACAAAUGAUGCGUGGCUCGAGCCCCACGCAGCUCCGUUUGAGGAGUGGAAAGCUGCAGGGGGUAUGACGAGGAGGAGACGGUGGACACGUAGGAUAUGGUUCAACCCUGCUGCAUAUGCCUGA